AUGGCGGCAAAUGGACAGGGAGGAAUUGAGCCUGCUGUUCUAGAUUAUAUUAUCAACCGCCUCUUGGAGUUCAGGAACCCUAGGACACCGCACCAGUUACAGCUUUCGGAAAAUGAGGUUCGAGCUCUCUGUACCACGUCCCGCGAAAUUUUCCUCUCGCAACCCAAUCUUCUUGAACUCGAAGCUCCUAUUAAGAUCUGCGGAGACAUUCAUGGGCAAUAUGGAGAUCUUUUAAGGCUUUUUGACUACGGUGGACUCCCUCCUGAGGCUAAUUAUUUGUUCUUAGGGGACUAUGUGGACCGUGGCAAACAUAGUUUAGAGACAAUAUGCCUUCUUCUUGCCUACAAAAUCAAAUAUCCCGAGAAUUUCUUUGUCUUGAGAGGAAAUCAUGAAUGCGCUUCUAUUAAUAGGAUAUAUGGAUUCUAUGAUGAAUGUAAACGCCGCUUCAACGUGAAACUAUGGAAAGUCUUUACUGAUUGUUUUAAUUGCCUUCCUGUGGCUGCUCUUAUAGAUGAUAAAAUACUCUGCAUGCAUGGUGGUCUUUCUCCUGAUCUAACAAACUUAGAUCAAAUAAGAAAUUUACCUCGCCCAACUGAUAUUCCUGAUUCUGGUUUGCUUUGCGACUUGCUAUGGUCGGAUCCCACUAGGGAAAUUAGAGGUUGGGGGAUGAAUGACAGGGGAGUCUCAUACACAUUUGGUCCGGAUAAGGUGACUGAAUUUUUAAUGCAGCAUGAUAUGGACCUUGUUUGUCGUGCCCAUCAGGUUGUGGAAGAUGGAUAUGAAUUUUUUGCUGAUAGGCAGCUAGUUACAAUUUUUUCUGCUCCCAACUAUUGUGGUGAAUUUGACAAUGCCGGUGCAAUGAUGAGUGUUGAUGAAAGUUUGAUGUGUUCGUUUCAGAUAUUGAAACCCGCCGAUAGAAAGCAGUUCUAG